CUCUUUUUCUCUGUGUAUCCCUUCAUUGACUUCUCAGUUGGUCACUGGAAGAGACAGGCGUCACCCCUCAAAGGGCCAGAUUUGGCCUGAGGGCCUUCAGUUGCUGAUCCCUAACCCGACUUCUUUUGCAGAUAACAAAUGGCUACCGGGAGAGGGGAAACGGCUGCCCUUCAUCUUCAGUUUCAAGGUGCCCCAGAGCCAGGGAUGCAGCCAACAAUGAAAACAGAGGAGCAGGACUCGGCGACCCAUGACCUUGCAGGAGGCGGAGUCCCCCGUUUCCUUCAGUCUGGGUCUAUGCGGGAGUUUUUAGCUGGUGAAGCCCCUCAGCAGGUAAAACAGGAACCAGAUGAAGGACUCCAGCAACACUGGGAGACCCAGAGGCCAGAGUUCCCGAAAUCAGUGCAGUAUCCUCAGUCGGGGUGGAGAAACCCUCCACUGCAUAAGUCCCUGCAGUGGGACUCUAACUCCUUUCAGGCCUCCUAUGAAGGCACAUCCAACACUAGCCAGUGGCCGGCUGGGAGGUGGGUGCCGCAAGCGAUGCCUGGCAGAGAAGCCCAGCCAGUCUACAGUGGCCAGGUCCAGCGAGAGAGAAGGAACUAUGGGGGUGUGAAGGAAGAAGUUCCCAAUGAGGACACUGUCAGCUUGGAGAUGCGACGGCAGCGCUUCAGGCAUCACCGCUACCAGGAGGCCGAGGGGCCUCGUGAGGUUUGUCGGCAACUCCAAGAACUUUGCCACCAGUGGCUGAAGCCGGAGAGACGUACGAAGGAGCAGAUUCUGGAGCUGCUUAUCUUGGAGCAGUUCCUGACUAUCCUGCCUCAGGAAAUCCAAAACUGGGUCCGAGAACAUGGCCCCAACACCUGCGCCCAAGCUGUGGCCUUGUCAGAAGAUUUCCUCGUGAGGCAACGGGAGGCCCAGAGAAAAGAGCAGCAGGUGAUGUGGACGUUUGAGGAGGUGGUCGUGAACCCCCCAUUGGGCCAGCAGGCACAGUACCCCACUGUGGCCCAGCAGGUCCGUUAUCCCACCAUGACACUCCCAGUCCAGUAUCCCACCAUGGCCCAGCAGACGCAGUAUCCUUCCAUAGCACAGCAGGCCCCAAAUCCCAUCUUGUCUAACCGACUGUCAUUGGAUGCUGGGAGGACACUGAUCUGCAGGGAGCCAAUCCCAGAAGGUGGGCGGAGUCUACGACCUUACGGCCCUGUCCAAGAGUUUCGGAGACCCCUCACAAACGCGGAGAGGAUGCGGAACCGGAGGAUGCGAAACAGGAAGCAGCGCCUGGAGACCAGCAUGCAACUCGUCGAAUCGGCUUCACGGGCCCCCUCAAUGCUGUUGGAUGCCAUGCGGGGGCUGCACAGACAGGACCUGAAGGCCUUUGACAGGGCCAGGCAAGAGGAACGGCAGCACCGGAAACAGGAGAGGCGGCAGGACAGGGCCACAGCCCAGCUGAUGGUCAACGCCAUUGAGCGCUCCCACAAUGACCUGGGGGAGUUCUUGGGGCGGCAAACGGUCACUAUGGCAGCCAUCGCAGCAGUAUUUACAGGCCAGAGGUCUCCACCACAAGGAUCAUUUCCUGGCUACAGUUCUUACCCGCCUUGGGGCCCCUCGGAGUCAGGGUCUGGAACCACGUUACCAGCUGGUCAUGUGCCUAAUAUGUCUUCGGAACCUGCUACUGGCCCGGUAGCUCCAUGCCCCGUGCCACCAGGGACCGUCCCCGGCGGCAUAUGUGACCCGGUCCCUGAACCGCCUCCUACAGAUGGACCAAGGGAGGACUCUACUCCAGACUCACCCACGCCUUCAACCUCUGACACCACUUCCCGUACGCUUGGCACAAGGCCAAACAGAGGAGCAAAAAGAAAGAUGUGGGAAUGACGAGGGUUGCC